UGACCAGUUAGAACAAAACAAAACCAUGUGGCCAGCCUUCCUCCAUGACAUUGUACUGAGUUUCGUUUUAGAGCGGCGGCUGUAACCUGAAAAUGGAUCAGAAAUUAUCAAAGACGGAGACACUUCAUUUGAGAAAGAAGCAUAUAAGUGAAGCAUGUCAGCUGUUUUUUAAAGAGGACCCUUUGAAGAUUGUGAGGGCCACAGGACAGUACAUGAUAGAUGAAGACGGAAAUUCUUAUCUUGACUGUAUCAACAAUGUGUGUCAUGUCGGCCAUUGUCAUCCCUACGUGGCGGAGGAAGCCUGUAAACAAAUCAGAACUCUCAACACAAACAGUCGCUAUCUCCACGACAACCUGGUGCUCCUGGCCAAGAAGAUCACAGCCACCCUCCCCGAGAAACUCUCCGUCGUCUAUUUGGUGAAUUCUGGGUCUGAGGCCAAUGACUUGGCCAUGCGUCUGGCUCGACAUUACACCAGGGGGACCGAGAUGAUCACGCUAGACCAUGCAUACCAUGGUCACCUGACCUCGGUGAUGGACAUCAGCCCGUACAAACUCCGCACAAACGUGGAUGGAUCUCACACCAAACCCGAUCACGUACACAUCGUGCCCUGUCCCGAUGCCUACAGAGGUAAAUACUGUGAUAACCAGUACUCACCGACCGAAGUCGGCCAGAAAUAUGCAGAUGAGGUCAAGGACGUCAUCAACAAAAUCCACCAGCAGGGAAAGAAAGUCAGCUUCUACAUAGCAGAGUCAAUGCAGAGCUGUGGGGGUCAAAUCAUAAUGCCAGAGGGCUACCUCAAGCAAGUCUAUAAGUACGUCCAUGAUGCUGGGGGUGUGUGUAUAGCGGACGAGGUGCAGGUGGGAUUUGGGCGGGUGGGAUCACAUUUCUGGGCAUUCCAACCUGAGGGAGUUGAACCUGACAUAGUGACAAUGGGUAAACCAAUGGGAAAUGGUCACCCAGUGGCUGCUGUGGUAACGACCCAGGAAAUAUCAGACAAGUUCAAGGCCUCGGGAAUGCAGUACUUUAAUACAUAUGGUGGUAACCCUGUGUCCUGCGCAGUGGCUCUUGCUGUGCUUCACGUGAUUGAGGAGGAAGGACUCCAGGAGCAUGCCCAGAGAGUGGGAAACUACUGGAUAAACAAAGUCACGGAACUAAAGCAGAAAUUCCCCAUCAUUGGGGAUGUCAGGGGUCGUGGUUUAUUUCUGGGGAUUGACCUGGUGAAGGAUCGUAAGACUCGGGAGCCCGCUAUACAGGAAGCCCAGACCGUGGUCAGGAGAAUGAAAGAAGAGGCCCGAAUUCUGAUCAGCUCUGAUGGACCAUACAACAAUGUCCUCAAAACCAAACCACCAAUGUGUUUCAGCGAGGAGAAUGUGGACUUAUUCUGCUCCAAACUGUCGGAGAUUCUCACAGACCUACAGACAGAUGAGAUUAAAACUGUGCUGAAAGACAUGAUAGAAGACGUGGAGAAAACGUCCAGUACGAUAGACGUCAACAGGAACCAGUCGUCGGCCAGUGAGUGGGGCGUGACCGCGGCCGUGUUCUAAUUAACUCGAGUCAAUUGUUUGGUGAAGGUUAAAUCAUUAACAGAUCUGUAUGUGGGCUAGUGAAUGAAGUAUUUGUUUCACUGCCUUUUAUAAAGGUGAUUUAUGUACAUCUUGCUGCAAUGCAACUUGUAUCAAUGCAGAAAUAAAUUGUUAAUUUUUUAGAAAAUUCUGUAAUUAUAUGUUCUGAAUUUUCAGAACCAUUGUUAAAGAUGAAUUUCACAUUGAUUAAUAUCCAUUGCCAUGAAAAUGGAAUGUUUUGAUUGUUGUUAAAUGUGUAAUCUGAAGACUGUAUUAUUUACAGGCAUACCUCUUGACUUCCUCAGGUAUAUUGACAAUUGUUGAUUUCUAACCAGACAAGUUUCCUUGUUGGAUAUGUUGGUUGGAUUUAAAAUCAACCCAAACCCUGCAUGGUUUUCUUUCCUUUUUUUUCAUUAGAAAGAGAUUAAAAAAAGAAUACUUUUUUUUUUAUUCCAAAGCUUAGUGCUUUGGAGAUAUGACUAAUAGCAUCAGGCCUUAGGUCUUAUAGGUAGGAAGCGAUUCUUUUCUCAUUUACGCCAGCACUUAUGUAAUGUUAAGGACAUACGCAACGUACAUUACCUACUGAUAACUUUUCAAGAUAUUCUUAAUUUAAGAUUAUAGUGCCAUUAGAUGAUCAUAGACAAAAAUUCGGCAUGUAUUACCAGGGUUUUUUGGAAGAUAUCAAAUUAUGAAUUUUUUUGCAUUAUUCAAAGAAAAACAUACAAAAAGUACAAAACAAAAAUUCCAGAUUUUUUCCCAAUUAAAUUUAUUUUAGAAGAGGUGUAUAAAUCCAUAUAUAGAAAUUUAAAGUAUUGCACACACGUCCUUCAUUUAGUGGAUUUCUUCAGUUCCAUGGAAGAACCCAAUAAUGUUCAAACUAGGUUGCGUAUGACCUUAAGGGCAUUUUAUUUGAGCGAACAUAGAUUUUUAGAUUUGGUAAGUUCUUAUGUGUAUUAUCUGUAAACUGCAGGUAUCUAUUCCAUUGUUAUGUAUUGCCAUAAAAUGUUUUAGCUUGUACGCUACACAGCUUUGAGUAGAAUUUGUUUUAGAAAUAAAGUUGUAUCUUUU